UCAGCAUUCAACCUGCCAACUUGCUUAGUGCAAAUUUCUAAAAACAAAUCAUGAAGUGUAUCGCAGCUACAGUCAUGGUUGCCCUCAUGGCAGUCAUCGCCGAAGCAUCGUACGCCCCAGCGGUCUACGGAGGCCAUUACGGAUAUGCUGCAGCCCCUGUAGUAACAUACGCCGCACCAACCGUCGUCCAGUCCAACGAUCAUCACAGCUGGGCCUACGCCAACGCUUACAACAAUCAUUGGGGAUACGCACCGGCCGCCGUUGCCUACAACAGCUGGGAUGGUCACUGGGGUGCUCCUGCUCUAGCCUAUCAUGGUGAUGCUCACUGGAACCACGGUGCCAUUGUGGCUCCAGUUCAGCAUGCCGCUUCGUAUGUUGCUGCCAACCGAGGAGCAGUCCAUAAGGCGCCUCUCGUUGGACACGUUCUCAACCAGAAGUCACUGAAUUUGGCUCCAGCUCCUGGAACUUGGUAAUUGGUCGGAAGAUUUUCCACUCUGGAUUUGUAGAUACGUGGGACAUAUGAUGCGGGUUGAAAAGAUUUAAAUACAUUUACUUAGUUGAAUAAUGAAAUAAUUGUUUCUCUUAUUACGCGAUGACCUAGGAUGAAUAUUUGAAUGAAUCUCAAGAAAAAAUCGAAACUUGUCAAAAAUACUCUCA